GCUUUAUGAUCCAAAUUUUGGACUGUGAGACUUGCCAAGGACCAGUUUGGGACAUAUAUGAUGCUUUGUGUUUGAAUUGAUAUAUCAAUCUUCUUUCAGUUGACCUUUUAUUCUUAAAUAUGGGACUGUCCGGUCCGCGCAAGCGGACUAAAUUUUCCUAUGACCCUAAUAACACAGCAUGGGCACGGUCAACAGAGACUUUCGGACAUAAGAUGCUCACUCGCCACGGAUGGCAGCCGGGACAGCUGCUUGGUGCGACGAAUGCGCCUCACGCCGAGUUUCAUACUUCGGCGAACGCCUCCCAUAUCCGCGUAACCCUGAAAGACGAUACUCUUGGGUUAGGAGCAAAACGUGGUAGCGGGCAAGGAGCAGGUGAAUGCACCGGACUUGAUGUGUUCCAGGGCCUGCUUGGCCGGUUGAAUGGAAAGAGCGACGGAGAGCUCGAAAAGGAAGAGAAGUCGAGGGCUGACCUGAAGCGCGUGCUUUAUGCUGAACGUCGCUGGGGCUUGAUUCAAUUUGUUCGAGGCGGCUUAUUAGUUGGCGACAAAAUCGAGAAUCCAAGUGAAGAAAUUACGAAAGCUCCCGAAAGCCGAGCCGCCGCUGAAAAAGGAGUUUCAACUGGUGAGGUGGAAAUGAGAGACGGCGACAAAGAAUCUCAAGAGCGCCGAGACUCGUCCGAUUCCGAUAUCAAAGACUCCCGAGAUAAGGACAAGAAGAAGAGGAAGGAGAAGAAGAAAAAGAAGAGUAAGAGCAGCGACGAGGACAAUGGUUCAACCCGCUCUGGAGAAAGGGAGGAGAAGAGGAAACGCAAAAUGGAGAGACGUGCGAAAAAGGAGGCCAAGAGAAUUAAACGGCAGCAACGCGCGAGCCGUGAAACGACAGGAUCAGAUGUUGAGAUGAGCUCGUCUUCUGAUCAGUUGAAUAAGGGCGAUAAUGAGUCAGUGGUGACUUCAAGAGAAGCGUCUAAAGCCCCGCAAAGUUCAAUGUCACAACAACCAAUCUCAUUUGCCGCAGGAAGGCAUGCAGUCAGACAACGGUAUAUUCGACAGAAGAAAAUGGCUUCUAUGGAUUCUAGGGCCCUCAAUGAGAUUUUCAUGGUCAAAGCUUAGACUUUGCAUUUGAUACCCAGGAAGCUCCAAUGACAGUAGCAUUUAACCGGAUACAGGCCAUCUAGAUAUAGAAUAAUGCAUUUUAAAGGCGCAAGUUUGGCAAAGCUUAGUUUCUCAUUUCCUCACUUUGGAGUUUCCGGUCGAGCAAUCUUUUGUUCCUUAAAUAUAUAUAGAGGUUGGAUGGACUACUACUCACCAAUUUUAUUAUAUUCAUACUCGAU